AUGACGUCUGUAGCGCCUCAGAUCAAGAAGCAAGUGGAGUUUUACUUCUCCGACAGCAAUUUCCGUCGCGAUCGCUUCUUGCAAGAAGAGACCAAGAAGCACGAAGGCGGUUUCGUGCCAUUCGACGUGCUCUUCACCUUUAAGAAACUCGCGGCACUGACGGUGGAUGGAGCCGUGCUGGAAGCAGCUAUCUCGGAUUCUGACGUUGUGGAGCUGAAUGAGUCCAAGAACGCAUUACGUCGCAAGAACCCACUGCCUGAUCAAGAUGACGCGCCCAAGUGCACUGUUGUCCUUGCUGGGUUAGGCAAGACCCUGCCUACGGUUGACGAGAUCAAGGAAGGGCUUCAGCCGCUGGACGUGGAAUGUCUCUACAUUGACCGCAAGAACUUCCGCCGCACGUUCUCGGGUGUCGUGCACAUUGAGUUCAAAGACGAGGAUUCGAUGCAGCGCGUUGUAGACUCGGCAUCGUCGCUCAAAAUCAAUGGGUACGUGCCGAAUGGCAUCUCCAUGGUGGACUACCAAAAGCUGUCGGAUGAAGAAAAGGUAGAGUUUGAUAAGGCCACGAACGCCAUGCUGGUGGCCAAGGGCGUGCCAAACAAGCCCACGACUUUCUUUCUGGAUGAGCUACUUCCCAUUUGGAAGGACGAUGCGAAGUUGCGUGCCCGGGUGCGCUACUUUGAAGAGUCUGGUGAGCUGUACUUGCUCUUCACGCAGGUUUCGUUUGCUGAGACCGUGCAAAAACUCUUGUCUGAGGAGAAACCUGUUGUCGUGGAUGAGCAAAAAUUGACGUUCGAGCUUGUGACAGACAAGGACGCCAUUAAGGCUCGUCCGCGUAGCUUGAACAAGAAGCGCAAACACGAACCAGUGAAGGUCAUUCACAUUUCAAAUAUUGGUCCUCGCACGCGUCUAGACGACGUGAAGAAGCUCGUUGCCACCGUGAUGGACUCUUCGACUCAGUCACCGUUCAUUGAGUACGAUGGUCUGGAUACUGCGUCGUUCAAGGUCAGCAUUGCUGAGGCAUCUGACCUGUUUGAGAAGUUUUCGUCGCUUGAUGGGCCAGAGCUGGGUGGCAAGAAAGUCUCGUUUCACCUUUUGGAGCCCGAUGAGGAGCUGAAGGUUGAUGUCCAGUACGAAGAGGGUCUCAUUGUGCGAUUUGAUGGCAUCGACGGCGAGAUUUCGCGUGAUGAUAUCAAGGAUGCUAUCAACGAGAAGCUCGGUGACAAAGCGAGUGAUGGCGCCGGUGUUGCCUUUAUCAAGUACCAGAUCAAUGAUAAGGAUGGCUACCUUCGUGUCACUAGCGCUGCUCUCACAAAGGAGGUCGUGGACAUGUUUGCUGAUGGUGGGCUGGAAGUGAACGGGGUGAAGAUUCCGAGCGCUGCUAUCAUUGAAGGAGAGGAGGAGAAGACCUUCUGGGAAGAUGCUCGCUCGGCCCGGUACAAGCGCUUCAAGCAGACACAAUCGAAUCGUAACCAGUUCCAGCGGGGAGGUCGUGGUGGACGUGGUGGUCGCGGUGGGCGUGGUGGCCGAGGUGGUCGUGGAGGCCGCGGCGGUCGUCGCCACUAG